AUGGGCCGUGGUAAGCAAGGAAUUCAUGUCACUACUGCAGCUGCAAAUGGCUAUAUGGAUUUGGACCAUCCCCUUUUUAAGGGUAAAUACUCCCGGGAAAGGGACUCUGGUGCAAUCUAUGCGGGAGCUGGGGAUCCCUGGAACGGAGAGAAAUCAGACUUUAGCGAGUGGGGAUCUCGCGUCGAUCUCUGGUCGUGGGGUGGUGGAGUGACAACCACAACAUGGGAGGCAGGGAAGAGAGAUCUUUACACUCACACUUAUGGAGGAACUGGUAGUGCCAAUACCAUAAUUGCUGGUUGUGCUGCGUUCAUUCAAGUGGAACAGAACUUCGCAGAUCACAGAAAUGUUGGCCGUCAGCCAGAUCUUGUAAAAGCCAUACAGAUUCUAGAGACGUUAUCCGAAGACACUUCAACCCCAACCCCUGCGCCGACCUCGACAACAACUACUUCGACAACAACUACCACUACUUCGACAACAACUACCACUACUUCGACAACAACUACCACUACUUCGACAACAACUACCACUACUUCGACAACAACUACCACUACUUCGACAACAACUACCACUACUUCAAAAACAAACCGACUCGGACAACAACUCCAAAAAACAAGCCGACAACGACAAGCUGGAAAGGAAGAUAGAACACAAAAGGAUGAAUCUCAAGCUCGGCAAUCGGGAAUAAGCUCCAUCCCUGUUGCUAUUGGUGCUGCUUCGGGUGUCGCUGCUCUUUUGAUAGCUGGCGGUCUCUAUGGGGCGUAUCGUUGGAAGCGGAAUAAGGAUCCGGAAAUGGUUGACGGGUCAUUCGAAGGAUCGUUGAGGAUAGAACAAAAGAAUCAUCCCAGUAGACGAUGUACAGGUUGCGAACCAAAGUGUGCCUCAGUGUCAGCAGAUGAUGAAGAUGAUGAUAUGACUAUUGUGCGGGAUGAGCUCGUUUAUUCUUCAAAAUGCCAGUGGCACUUGUUAGUUUAUCAUAUUGUCGCAAUUUAG